AUGGUAUCCUCGAUACCUUUCGAUAAGAGUUAUAUCCUCGGUACAACUGGCAUUAGAAGUUCUUUAGAUCAAGCAGAUGGAAAUCAACAAGAGGUUGAUAAGAGUACAAAUUUGAAAGUACUUCUUUCAGGUGACUUUCACCCACCACGACUGCAAGGAUCAUCAGUCGGAAAGCUUCAGUUAAUCUGGAACGUUCGAGAUAGAAUCCGAACUCAAGCAUCAGGAUCGAGCUACAAUGAAAAUGUAAAGAGAUGGAUAACACCUGAAUUAUCUUGA